AUGCUCUUGGCAGAACUACCCCGGAUUCUCGAUAAAUGGAGACCCGCAAAACUUCAAUCUCUUCUCGAAAUCGUGAAACAAGCUUCCCCUGGUGCGACUGCCUUUGACCUUCGCCUGGCCACCACGAUUUUCGGAUGUGCAAAGUGUAACGGGCUGUUGAUAUUUCCGCAGAUGUUCUACCAUGGUUGUUGCUUCCAAAAUCGAGUUGCGGAUGGUGGUAGUCGGGAGAAGAGGAAAAGUUAUGCCGAAUUUUGGGAUACAGUGAAGGAUGGCUGUUGGUCAUCUGUUACACUAUUUUUCCACUCGCAAAGCUCGCAGUUAGCUCGCCGAAUUGUCGUUAGUGCGGGCCUCAAUCCAGCUACAGCUACAGCUUGUGAUUUGAGUUUUGCUCGUCCGGUAAUCGAAAAUACAAGCGAACAAGCAAACACCUACCCUGCACGACUUUUUGUGACGUGGCCGGCUGCUCUAACUCAUAAUCUUACCGUUCAAGACGAAAUUUUUUUCGCUGUCAACUGUUUUGGUGCAGGGGAAUCUUCAGAAAUCCGCGCCAAGGAACCGCUCAGCUUUGACUCAGUUUUCUGUUGCGCCCACUGUCAUGAGGAGACCAUCCCUCGCCGUUUAGCUGGUCACUUGCAAUCUGUACAUAAUCUGAAAGUCCUGUCUGCUUCGAGUACUGCCACUCAGGUUUAUACCCAUUUCAAGAAGCAUUGGUACUGGAACCCCCGUCAUAACUUGAACUUAAUGGGAAUCGAGUUCUCCAUAUGA